AUGUAUCGGGGCUCUUUCGCUCCGCCGCCCGCGCAAUCGCCGCCCCUUCAUCACCCCGUCCCGCAACAUGUCUCGACAGUCCCUAUGAUGCGCUCGCCACCACCACCAGCUCCCCAACAACCCCCAAGUGCUGGAUAUGGCGGUAACCCAUAUCAGCCAUCGCCCGCUCAAGGCGGCAGUGGAAGCUAUGCCCCUGGUGCUCCUGGAUUUGGUGGGUUCAUGAACGAACCCACAGCACAGAUGGGCUUCCAGGUCGGCAAAAGUGCAAUGGCAGCUGGCCAGGAAUACAUGGAAAAUAACUUCAAUCGCUAUGUCUCUAUACCCGCUCUCAAACACUACUUUAACGUCUCCAACUCCUACGUCCUGAACAAGUUGAUCCUCGUUCUCUUCCCCUGGCGACACAAACCAUGGUCCCGUCAGCAAGCUCGAAUGGCAUCCUCCACGCCCGGACCAAAUGGUCAGAUCAUACAACAACAAUACUCGUCCAUGUUCUUGCCUCCUCGUGACGACCUGAACUCGCCGGACAUGUAUAUUCCUGUUAUGGCAUUGGUCACAUAUAUUCUUCUCUCAGUUUUAUUAGCUGGAUUCCGGGGCGAUUUCCACCCAGAGCUUCUGGGAUCGAUCACCACCACGGCUAUUGCAGUGAUUGCUUUUGAGAUCUUAUGCUUGAAGCUCGCUACGUAUAUUUUGAACAUCAACAACGACUCGCAGCUGCUGGAUCUGAUGGCUUACUCCGGAUAUAAGUUCGUGGGAAUCAUUAUCACCAUGGUGGCUUCCGAAGUCUUGAACCCCGGACGGGGUACUCGGGGCUGGGUUGGCUGGACUGUCUUUGCGUACACAUUUUUGGCCAACGCAUUCUUCCUCCUUCGCUCCUUGAAAUAUGUGUUGCUACCCGAUUCGACCGACUCUGCCAUGCAUGCCGGCUCCAUGCAGGCUGUGGCUCGAUCUCAGCGCAACCGACGCGGCCAAUUUUUGUUUGUGUACUCGUACGCCGUUCAGUUCGUUUUCAUGUGGGUGCUUAGUCGCGAGGGACCAUCAUCGGCGGCAUCUGCCGGCUCGGCAUCAUCAUGA